AUGUAUUCAAUUUGUCGUCAAACGCACCCGGCUACGGGAAUCGAGCAUGCUAUUAGUUGUUGUUUCUUCAAUAAUGACGAAGUUUGCUUGGUUACUGCUGGUGCGAAUAUUAUCAAGGUGUUUAGGCUGUUGCCUGAUGGACACACAAAGGAGGUAAACGCCGCUGGCCAACCAAUUCCGCCUAAAAUGAAAUUAGAAUGCUUCGCUUCUUACACACUAUGGGGUAAUGUUAUGUCUAUUGCCUCUGUAAAAUGCCCCAGUGCUGGAAGAGAUUUAUUGCUUGUAUCCUUCAAAGAAGCAAAACUCUCGGUGUUACAAUAUGACAUACAAACAAAUAAUUUAAUUACUUUGAGUAUGCAUUAUUUUGAAGAGGAUGAUAUGAAGGGUGGGUGGACAACACAUCCACACAUACCAUGGAUAAGAGUGGACCCUGAGUUUAGAUGCGCAGUCAUGUUGUUGUAUGGUCGGAAAUUAGCUGUGUUGCCAUUUAGAAAAGAUAUCACAUCGGAGGAAGGUGAUCCAUUAGAAUCUAAGCCAUUGGAUAGUAAGAAAAAUCAACCCGCCCAACAAAUGACACGUGCACCAACUUUAGCGUCCUAUGUCAUAGUAUUAAAGGAGUUAGACGAGAAAAUUGAUAAUAUUCUGGAUAUACAGUUCCUUUAUGGAUAUUACGAGCCCACAUUGUUGCUUUUGUAUGAACCUGUGAGGACAUUUGCUGGACGCACGGCGGUGCGCAGCGACACGUGCGCGAUGGCGGGCGUGUCGCUGAACAUGAGCGCGCGCGUGCAUCCCGUCAUCUGGGCCACGGGCGGCCUGCCCUUCGACUGCAUACAGGCCGUGCCCGUGCAGAAGCCCUUGGGUGGGUGUCUCAUAAUGGCGGUGAACUCUCUGAUAUAUCUAAACCAGUCGGUUCCGCCGUACGGCGUGUCGCUCAACAGUGUGGCGACACACACAACUAACUUUCCGUUACGCAUCCAGGAGGGUGUGUGCGUGUCGCUGGACGGCGCGCGCGUGGCGGCGCUGGGCGAGGCGCGCUUCACGCUGGCGCUGCGCGGCGGUCAGCUGUACGUGCUCACGCUGCUGUCCGACAGCGUGCGCAGCGUGCGCAGCUUCCACCUCGACCGCGCCGCCGCCUCCGUGCUCACCUCCUGCAUGUGCGUGAUAGAAGAAGAUUUCUUGUUCCUGGGCUCCCGCCUCGGCAACUCGCUGCUGCUGCGCGUGACGGAGAGGGAGAACCGCAUGCUGUUCUCCGUCGACAAGCCUUUGGAGGCCACCGUGGACCUCACCAUGUCUGAUACUGAUAAAGAAAGAGAAAAAGAAAAAGAUAAAGAACAAAACAAAGAACCACAAAAAGAGAAAGAGAAGGAUAAAGAAGAUCCAGCAACAAAGAAGAGGAGACUGGACACAAUAAGUGACUGUGUAGCGACUAACGUCAUAGAGAUAUGCGAUAAGGACGAGUUAGAGGUGUAUGGGUCAGACAUACGAACUUCCACACAGUUGACCAGUUACGUGUUUGAGGUGUGCGACUCUCUGCUGAACAUCUGCCCGAUCGGCGACAUAUCGAUGGGCGAGCUGCAGCUGGCGGCGGAGGGCGAGGGCGAGGCGCGGCGCGCGCUGGAGCUGGUGGCGUGCAGCGGCCGCGGCAAGAACGGCGCGCUCACCGUGCUGCAGCGCUCGCUCCGGCCGCAGCUCGUCACCGCCUUCGAUCUACCCGGGUGCAUCGACAUGUGGACGGUGGUGGGCGAGGCGGCGGACAAGGAGGAAGGCACGCACGCCUACCUCAUACUCACGCAGGAGGACUCCAGCAUGAUUCUACAAACUGGUCAAGAAAUAAACGAAGUGGACAACUCCGGGUUCGUGACGGGCGCGCCGACUAUAUUCGCUGGCAAUUUGGGCAACAACAAGUUUAUGGUCCAAGUCACCACUUCCACAAUACGAUUAGUUCGAAACGGCGUGCAAGUGCAGUCGAUCACGCUGGAGUGGCGCGCGGCGAGCGCGGCGGCCGCCGACCCCUACGUGUGCGUGGUGUCGACGUGCGGCCGCGCGCUCGUGCUGGCGCUGCGCGAGCUGCGCGCCAGGGACCCCAACUCAGCUCGCCUGGCGCCCACAAGGCAAGCCGUACCGCACAGACCGUCCAUAGUGCGUGCAGUACCCUACAGAGAUCUUAGCGGGCUGUUCACUACCACAGAUGAAAAUGUGCAGGUUAAAGGAGAAUUUACGGGUAAAAUGAAGGGUAAGAAUGUGAAAGCAGAGGGUUUCAAGCCAGACACAGUGUACGAGUUGAAUGAUGAAGAUGAGCUGCUAUAUGGUGGGGACCAGACACCGGCAUCUAUGGCCAGUAUAAUGCUCGCGGAGCAGUCGGCGUCGCGCGCCACGGCGGCGCGGCGCGCGGCGCGCUGGUGGCGGCGCGCGGAGGCGCGCGCGUCGGCGUGGCUGUUCGUGGUGCGCGACAGCGGCAACCUCGAGCUAUACUCCCUGCCCGAGAUGCGCCUCAGCAUGCUCGUGCGCGACGCGCUCGCCGGCGAACGGAUACUGGCAGAUAGUUUAGAGUCUGUACCGAUACCCGCCACCACGGAGGAAGAGCCCGCGGGGCACAACCCUAGCGUGGAGCGUCUCAAGGAGCUGUUAGUUGUGGGGCUCGGGCAUAAAGGGUCGAGGGUGCUGAUGCUGAUGAGGUGUGACGAUCAGCUCAUGAUUUACCAGGCAUACAAAUACCCUCGUGGUAACCUAAAGCUGCGUUUCUCGCGCAUGCCGAUGUCGUUCCCGUUCGGCUACCGGGCCGGCGUGGUGGCGUGCGCGGACGACGGCGCCGACGCGGCCGCGCUCAGGGAGGGCGUCAGGCAGAUGAGGUAUUUCGGUAACGUAGGAGGAUACAACGGGGUGUUCGUCUGCGGGCACACCCCCUACAUGUUGCUGCUGGGGUCGCGCGGGGAGCUGCGGGUGCACCCCCUGUGCCCCGACGAGGGGCCCGUCUCGUCCUUCGCGUCCUUCAACAAUACUAACUGUCCGCAGGGUUUCUUGUAUUUCAAUGCUAAGGGCUCGCUGCGCAUCAGCGUGCUGCCGGCGCACCUGUCGUACGAGGCGGCGUGGGCGGCGCGCAAGGUGCCGCUGCGCGAGACGCCGCGCGCCGUCGCCUACCACGCCGAGUCGCGCGUCUACUGCGUCGUGGGCUCCGCCGCGCUCCCCACGCACCACUACUACAGGUUCAACGGCGAGGACAAGGAGAGGGCGGCCGACAAUAAGGGAGAUAGGUUCCCAUAUCCCAUGAUGGAGAAGUUUUCCGUGAUGCUGUUCUCGCCUGUCUCAUGGGAGGUGAUUCCAAAUACGCGAAUAGAGUUCGACGAUUGGGAACAUGUCACGUGCUUGAAGAACGUUUCUCUUUCUUAUGAAGGGACCAGAUCGGGUCUGCGCGGGUAUAUAGCGAUAGGCACAAAUUAUAACUACGGUGAAGACAUCACGUCUAGAGGAAGGAUAUUAAUCUAUGAUAUCAUAGACGUGGUCCCCGAGCCUGGCCAGCCGCUCACUAAGAACAGGUUCAAGGAGAUCUACGCAAAGGAACAGAAGGGACCCGUCACAGCCCUCACACAAGUUUUGGGCUUCCUCAUAUCUGCUGUUGGACAGAAAAUCUACAUUUGGCAGUUGAAAGACAACGAGUUAGUUGGCGUAGCGUUUAUAGACACUCAGAUAUACGUACACCGGAUGAUGGCGGUGAAGAAUCUGAUCCUGGUGGGUGACGUGUACAAGUCCGUGUCGCUGCUGCGGUACCAGCAUAAGCAGAGGACACUGUCCCUGGUUUCCCGGGACCUGAGGAGUGCUCAGAUAUACGACAUGGAGUUCAUGGUGGACAACACGAGCCUUGGUUUCCUGGUGAGCGAGGCGGAAGGCAACUUCGCACUGUUCAUGUACCAGCCGCAGGCGAGGGAGAGCUAUGGUGGUCAGCGUCUCAUUAAGAAGGGCGACUACCACCUGGGCCAGCAGGUGCACGCCAUGUUCCGCAUCGCGGCGCGCGGCGCGCGCCUGCAGCGGCACGUCACUAUGUACACAACUCUGGACGGCGGUCUCGGCUACGUGCUGCCAGUCUCAGAGAAGGUGUACCGCCGGCUGCUGAUGUUGCAGAACGUCAUGAACAACUACUGCUGCCACAUCGCCGGCCUGAACCCUAGGGCGUAUAGGACGUACAAGUGCGCGCGACGCGCGGCGGGCGGCGGCGCGGCGCGCGGCAUGCUGGACGGCGACCUCGUCGCGCUCUACACCUCCAUGCCGCGCGCUGACCAGCACGACAUCGCGAAGAAAAUCGGUACUAAAGUUGAAGAGAUAUUGGCGGACCUCUACGAAAUAGACAGACAGACUGCUCACUUC